UGGCAGGAGGUCCAGAGUAUGAGCAAGAACAGCAAAACGUUCUUGAACACAGAUGUAGUUAUAGAAUUCAGCCAAUUUCAGUGAACAUGGCUCCCUCAUCUUCAAUGUUGGGGUCUUCUUUUGGCAGGUGGUUAGAUAUUCCAUCAUUUCUGGUCUUCAUUAUCGUCUUCUUGGUACUUGUAGACUUCGCGAAAAACCGCAGACCAAAGAACUUUCCUCCAGGACCGCUUGCUCUGCCUUUCUUUGGAAAUAUGCUCAACAUUGACUUCAAGAAGGCACAUCUUGAUUUCACUAAGCUUGCAGAGGCGUAUGGAGAUGUGUACAGUGUCCGCCUGGGCGGAUGGAUUGUGGUUCUAAAUGGUUUCAAGACAGUAAAAGAGGCUUUGGUGAAUCAAGGCGACAGCCUCGAGGACAGACCCCAAGACCCACUUACUACUGAGAUAAGUGGCAAUUUUGGUGUCAUAAGCACCAAUGGUUACCUGUGGAGGCAACAGAGACGUUUUGCCCUCCUUACUUUAAAGAACUUUGGGGUCGGCAAGAGGUCAUUAGAGUUCAUCAUCUUGGAGGAGUUUUCCCAUUUAAGCAAAGAAAUAACCAACUUGAAUGGAAAGCCUUUUAAUCCUCAUCUCAUGAUGAACAAUGCCGUCUCCAACAUCAUCUGUUCUCUGGUCUUUGGACAUCGUUUUCAAUACAGUGACAAGGAUUUUCAGAUGAUGAUGCAACUCUUUGACCAAGCCCUACUCUUAGAGACUAGCAUUUGGGCAAGGGUGUAUAAUUCCAUGCCAGGUUUGAUGAGUCUCCUGCCAGGACCUCACCAGACACUGAAGAAAAUCUGGGAGACGGUGAAAGACUUUCUGAGGGUGGAAAUUGAACAGCACAAAAAAGACAGAGAUCCAGAGGAACCCAGGGAUUACAUUGACUGUUAUCUGAAUGAGAUUGCAAAGAACAGAGAGGAUUAUGCAGCGGGAUUUUCUGAGGAGAACCUGGUCAUGUGCACCCUGGAUCUUUUUGUGGCUGGAUCUGAAACCACAUCCACCACACUACGCUGGGCCCUGCUCUAUAUGAUCAAAUACCCAGAGAUCCAAGAGAAGGUCCAAGCUGAGAUUGACAGAGUGAUUGGCCAAUCACGACAGCCAUCUAUGGCAGACAGGGCCAAUUUACCCUACACAGAUGCGGUUCUCCAUGAGAUUCAGAGGAUUGGUAAUAUCGUACCACUGAGCUUGGCAAGGAUGACAACCAAGGAUGUGCGAAUUGGUGAACAUGUUAUUCCAAAGGGUACAGAGGUCAUUCCCAACCUGACGUCAGUGAUGUUUGACAAGAACGAAUGGGCAACUCCACAUUCAUUUAAUCCAGAACACUUUCUGAAUAAGGAGGGGAAGUUUGUAAAGCAUCCUGCUUUUAUGCCCUUCUCAGCUGGUAAACGAGUUUGUCUUGGAGAAAGCCUAGCCAGGAUGGAGCUCUUCCUUUUCUUUACCUCACUCAUGCAGAAGUUCACCUUCACCAUGCCAGCGGGGGAGAGGCCCAUGAUGGGCUUCCGCUUUGGCAUCACCCUGUCACCCCAGUCCCAGCUGAUCUGUGCCACCCUGCGCCACCAGGAACACAACUAAACAAGGGCACACCAAAUACAUCAAGACGUACACCAAUACAAUAAUAAUACACAUUACACACUGUAUCACAUCAUGAAAACAAACAAAUAAAAAAUAAUCAGCAUGCAACCAAUGAAAGGAAAGCAAAAGCAAAAAGCAUAACAAAACAAGCAAAAAAAAGAAAAAAGAAAAAGAAAAUCAGGGAACAUCUCAGCCCAUAAAUACAUAUAUCUAUACAGAGGACUACAUUACGAAUGACUCAUUAAAGAAACAAAGAUGAUAUGAGACACUAGAAUAUACAAAUCCUCUUGUCAGAAUAUCUAGGCCAACAUAUGCUAAAAAAGGGUACCCAGAUUUUGUCAAACGCAUACAAUGUUUUCAGCGUCAAUAUCAGUAUUACUGGAUUCUCUCAGUGUAGUAUAGAAGGAACUAAUAGAUCUGUCCUGUUUUAACAGAAGGAGCUGUGCCUCUGUGAGAAACUGUGUGUCUGUUUUUCCUAACAAAGUCCCUUACGGUCUACUUUGCUCUUAUUAGAUCAGUAUUGGAGUAUGGUCAUGUCCUCCUGUUUGAUACCUUUAAAGGUCUAGGAGAGCAGUUAGACAGGGUGCAGAACAUAGCCUUUAAAAGAUUCUAAAGACAAAGCAUAUGUCCACUCUCCUGUCCCAUCAUUAAAAGAACGGAGAGAAGAAGCUGCCAUUUCCCCUCUGAAAGAGAUCAUUUAUCCAGAGCAUCCACUACAUGAUCUGAUACCUCCAACUGGACAUGACAGAGCUGGAAGACUGAGGAACAGCUCUGACUUCUCUUUACCACCUGCCAGAACCAAGAGUCCACAGAAGUUGUUCCUUCAUACCACCCUAAAUAAAUACAUCUCAAUCAAAAUUCAGUGAUGUGGAAUUAAGAAAAAAAAAUCUUAUUUACGAAUGUGAUAUUUCUGUGAUAUCUGACCGAGGAACAUGAGGAUGGCACCAUCAAAUAGACCAUUUUAGAUUAGAAAGCCUGUUAGAUGCCCAGGUCUGGGCCUGUAACAACUGGUAGAAAGUCAGAGUUGUCACCUGUUGGAGUGAAGACACACCCCAGCUUGACCCAGAUCUAUCUUCCAAGUGCCUUGUGACAUGCCACGCUUUGACAGUGUUGAUGGUAAUGGGAUUUUUUUUUCUUGCCCGCCAUGAGGAUUAAGUCAGGGGGUGCUGUCCUGUUUUGAUUUUGAUUGUUGUGUCCUGUAAAGCCCUUUUGAGACUGUAAACAGUGAUAUUGGGCUCUAAAUAAACUUGAAACUUGAAACUUGAUUGUUUCAGGAGCCUCUAACACAAAUUCAGAUUUUUGAGGAACAAUAGGUUUUGAAGAGGAUAUUUGGUCUGUGAAGCUUUGACUUGUUAGGGAGGAAGUGUCUUUAUGCAUCCAGUCAUCUGUGAAGCAUAAAUGGGCCCUUAGCUCAUAUUUUUUAAUAUCAGGAAGAUCUAGGCCACCCUUCACAAUUCUAAGGCACAAUGCAGUCAUUUUGGAGUGAGGUCUCUUCUUAGCCCAUAUAAUGGAACUAAACCAGCCAUCUAAGUUUGUAACAGUGUUGUAUGACAAGGUUGGAACCAUCUGAAUAGGACAGAGCAAUCUAAGACUCCACAUUCAAAAGUGCAGAUGGCCUAUAAGAAGUGCAGUUCUCUGUUUACCCUUCUUAAGAAUCUAGGAGGUAUUAACUCCCGCAAAGCAUUAGGGAGAGGUCCAGUGUCAGAAGAAUCAUUAAACUUACUUGGCAAAGGGUCAACCAAAAGGUUAUGAAACUCUUCAUAGAAUUCGCUUCUAAGCCCAUCUGGCCUGGGCACUUUUCCAAACUGGACCCCUUUAACAGCAUCCAGCACUUCCUCCUUAGAGAUUGGAGCACCACUGAGGGCAGAUUUCUCUUAAUCUGUUAUGGUGGUGGGAUUGAGAGAAGAAAAGCAAGUAUCCAUUAACUCAAGGGCAUCAGAGGUCUGCUCUGAUUUAUGAGAUUUUUUUUGUCAGAUUUCUUGCAACUUAAAUCCCUUCCCAAAGUAGUCCCUGACAUUCAGAUCAGACAGUUUAGAAAGGCAACAAGUAAGGAAAACAAAUGGAUGACCAAGGAGCCAGAAAAAAUUCACAGCAGCGAUUCCUUCUCCAUACACUACGCAUAAACCCAGCACCGGACAGAGGCAAUCUGAUGCAAGUGAUGAAAGAAGCUGCUUCCAAAUAGAAGUUUGACAGUAAAAUAACUGCGAAAGGUUACGCCGAUCAGUGCAGCCAACCCUUGAAUUUCUGUCCUGUUACCUGUAGAGUCAGUGCCCUUUGACAGAGGCUAAUGGAUGACAUGGAUGUCGGUUCGGUCAUGUUAAGGGGUAAAAGAAUCUGGUCAGGGUGUGAAGGUUGAGCACUAUAUGGGCACCUGGAUUUGUUAUCAUUGUCAUUAUCCUGGGCAAUAUCCUGAUAACCAUAAUGGUAGAAUCAACACAUUUGUGUUUAGUAAAGGACACUGCACCCUAAAGAUGUUGAAAUCUCACACGCCAAAAUUUUCAGAAUGGGCUUGCCGCAUUGAGUGAAUCAUUUAAAUGCAAAACGUAUAUAAGCUUUUACAAUACGACACAGUGUCUUUACUUAUAUGGGCUUAUGAAAUGUUUCUUUAUAUCAUGUGACUGUAAUUGAACUUGUAAUGAAAUCUGUUAAUAAUUCCUUAUUAGAAUAAAACAUGGAGACAUUACCUGACCACCCUGCCACAAAUAAGCAACAAUGUAAAAUACAAUAUGAAGCACAAACAAAUACAUUUACAAUGUUCAUGAAGUUGAUAAUAAAAAAAGUCAGUCUCUUUUGUAUUAAAAGAAGGAUUUAUUCCUCAGAGUCAAUUAAAUAUGUAAGUACAAAACAA